AUGAAAGCGGGGAGUAGUCUAGCGACGCUUCUAGCUCAAACGGUGGUGGCGGGCGACGUGAACGCCUGCUGCGGCGUACUGCGGCGCAUUUUCAGUGAAACACUCCAGGAAGACCACAGGGUGACGAGGGUGGCCUCGAAUGCGGCGCGCAGCGUGCGCCGUCGUGGUCACCAUUCAGACGGAACGUUGUCCUCCUUUGCCGCCGCAGCGACAACUACGGCAUCGACGCUGUCCUCUUCCACAGUUUCUUCUUCCUCAUCAUCCUCUUCAGACUGGGCGACGUCUAGUGGGCACAAUGAUAUUGUAAACUUUUCCCGGUACGCACAGCACCAGCGCGCGCAAGCGCACUCUUUUGCCAACGCGGCUGCCCAGGCUGUGCUGCGCACCAACUUUGUGCCACCACAUGGUGCCCAACCUCUGGCUUCGGCGGUGGUGGGGACGAACGGGCACCAGAGAGCCGUGGACGCCUCCAAGUCGCAUGAGACCUCCUCUUCUUUCGGCGUACGGACGGACAUUCCUCUCGUUCAGCGAGUCUGGAAGCUCGCCAAGAGCAGCCUGAAGGCUGAUGCGACGCUCGUGAAAACUUCAUCGCUGCAUGUGCUCUGCCACACCGCUCAGCGCACCGGCUACUGGGAGGAGGCGCUCCACUUCUGUGAGUACCUGCCGCAGCCACCAGCAUCGUUGUUUCUCGCCUCCCUCCUGCGACCAGACAACGUGAACCCGAUUCUUCGCCACUGCGCCACGCGAGGCUGGGCGCUCAACGUGACCAACGCGAUUCGAGUACUAGCCGAAGAGCACGGCAGCUGGCUGGCAGCCCUGGUUGUGGCGCAAGACGCCGAGCACCGUCUUCCGUGUGGGGAGGUCUACUCUCUUGGCGUGCUGGUGCCGUAUCUUGCCGCGAGUGGGGCGAAGGCGCAGGCGCGGCGGCUCUUCGAAUCGGGACUGGCACACGGCGCAUUCAUCGAUCCUGCCUUCGUGCAGCAGCUCAUCAUGCAAACAGCCACGCUACGUCAAUGGGAAACGUGCCUGCAUAUGCUUCAGUGCCUCUAUCGUACCCAGGAAACUGCACAGCUGCUGCCGGCCGACGCGGAGUUCUUCUGUCGGCUGAUGGAGGUGUCACCCGGGUGGGUGACCUCGCUGCAGCUGCUGCACAUGGCGCGUGCCUCCGACGUGAAGCCGAACGAGCGCACCGUGGCCAUCUUGCUAACUCAGUGUGAUCAGGCCGGCGCGUGGCGCGAGGCGGCGGCGCUGUACGACAUGGCUGUCAAGGAGGACUUCAUUGACAGCCUCGCUAUCGGAUCAACCUAUCACACAUUGGUGCGGUCUUUCAGUGCAAUUCAGCAGUGGCAGAAGGCGCUGGAAGCACUUUCCUGGAUGUCGAAGGCGGACGACGCCUCGCUGGCCGCUGGCAUGACGGAGCUGGUGACAAUGUGCGAGCAAUCAGGGCAAUGGGAAGCGGCUCUUUCCGUCGGCGCCACGCUCAUGGACAGCGGCGUGCAUUUGCUCUCGACACAGACGUCUAUGGCGCUUCUCUUUGCGUGCGCCAAAGGCGCACAGUGGAAGUUUGCGACGCGGCUCUUCGAUCUCCAGCUACAUGACGUCCGCGUCGACUCACACCCGCUCUCCCUGUGCGCUGUGAUGCAAGCGUGCGUGGCGGCGCGACAGUGGGAGGCGGCGUUGCGCGUCUACGACACUGCGAAGUCCUCACAGCCGCGCACGGUGGUUCCACCCCUUGCCCACCGCAUCGCUGCCAAAGCGUGCAUGUUGGCUGGCAAGUGGCAUCUGGUCAUGGCCGUACUCGACGCCACGCGGCAGGAUGGGUUGCCGCUGGACAACUACGCCCAGCGCCUGGGUCUCUGGGCUGCCGCGAUUCAAGGCCAAUGGGAAUUAUCACUCGCAUUUUUGCAAGGCAUUCCGCGGCACUCUCGCACACCGCAGGAUCGAAUGGUGGUGCGCAGCGUGACGCGAGCCAUUAGUCCAGCUGUGGACUCCAUUGCUAUACGCUUCCUUCAGUCGCACUAG